CUUCCCCGGACGCUACCCUUACCGCGACUACGGCAUGCGGUACUGGGAAGCGACGCACACGUGGGUCAAGGAGUACCUCGACAUUUACUACGAGAGCGACAAGGACGUGGAGGAAGACUACGAGCUCCAGGCGAUGAUUAAGGAGCUGGUGGACAUCGCCAAGGUGUACUGGCUGAAGGAUUACUACACCACCGACGACAAAAAGGCUUUCAUCGCCAAGGUGAUCGCGAGCUGGAUCUACUCUGCGAGUACCCUCCACGCCGCGGUCAACUUCCCCCAAAAGCCGUCCAUGUCAUUCGUGCCAUCCUGCCCCGGUUCUGUCUACGCCCCUCCUCCCAUCGACAAGGUAUUUCACCAAGUUUAGUGGGUGCGAUUUUUCCUGCAAUCACGGACGGUGAGAAAAAGUCUAUUGUUUGCACGUGGUGGCGGCAACCUUGGGUAGAUGAACACUCGAGAUCUUUAGUGUCCACGCUGUGGACGGAUUUUUUUAUUCGUUGUCUUCGGUUUGGCCGAGUUUUGCUUGUUUCGCUCGAAGCCACGCUU